AGCUCCAGCAGAUACUUCAGUAAUGUUUGACCUCCUUCAUUAUUCUCUUCAUUCUUCCUCAAAGACGGACACCAAUGUGAGGUCCUCAUCACGAUGCAGCUCUUCCUCCUCCUCUUCUUCCUCCUGGAUCAGGUCAUCAUGGUUACAGCUGUGCCUGGAUGCCAGGACGGCAGGGACAGGGACCACCGACGGUCCACAAACUGCAAGGAGGCCGGACUGAGCGACGUCCCAGCAGGAUUGGAUCCCCAGAUCAGGGUACUGCUGUUCCCCAACAACCUGAUCUCCAGUCUGUCCUGGUCCUCCUUCACUGUCUUCACAGACCUAUAUGAGAUCGACCUCACAGGAAACAAGGUUCCAGAGGUGACCCCCAGUGGUUCUCCACUCCUGCCCACUCUCAGUGUUCUCCGCCUGGGAUCAAACCGUCUGACGUCCCUCUCUGACCACGCCUUCUCCGCCUGUCCCGCUCUGACUGAGCUCUACCUGGAUAACAACACCAUCGUCUCUCUGACCGACCAGACCUUCUCUGGACUGGACAGACUUCAGAUCCUGGACUUGUCGUCAAACCAGAUCAAGGUUCUUCCCCAGCUCAUGCUCCACCCCCUAACAUCCAUAGAGAUUCUGUACAUGGAGAACAACAAGAUCAAGCUGAUGCCAGAUGGUUGGUUCAACAAGAAGGAGGAGGUGCCCUAUCUGUUCCUCUCAGCCAAUCCCUGGGACUGCACCUGUUCCAAUCUUUACCUACAAACAUAUAUGGUUGAUUUUGACUUAAAUGUCUACAUUCGGGAUGGCGAAACGAUCAUGUCUGGUGCAUUAGAGGUGGUGUGUAGCUCUCCACCAUGGCACGUGGGUAAACCUGUGAUGAACCUGGAGGAGUCAGAUCUGUGUUCUCCUCAUCUUUCUACAGUCAGACCCAACACUGAAUCUCCUACAACACAACCAAGACCCGCUGGGACGUCCGAGUCUCUCCCAUCCAUCCUGACAUCAACACCAACAGAUGAGAUCCAGGAGGUCACUCCAACCAGCUUCACUGCUAUAGUUAAUGUUGUCAAAGCUGUGCUGCUCUGUGUUCUGUGGUUAAUGUUGGGUGUUUCCUGGUACAGGAGGAGGAGCAUACCUGAGGAGGAGGAUAGUAGUGAGGGAUAUGAAACUGUUGACUGUUCUGUACAUGCACAGAUGGAGGAGAUGCUACAGAUGCACGAGCGCUCACCAGACUAGAGCCAGCGGUAGAAGGAAUACUUCAGACUGAUGAACUCUUGGUCCAAUACACCUAGCUAGUAUGCUGUCUGCUCAUUAUUCCCCAUGAUAUUAAAGCUCUGAUAAGAAAACAAAGAAACAAGCGUGGAUUUGUCCCUACAGAUGAAGUAACAGACUAAAUGAGCUGGAUCUCCUUCAGACGGAUCCUGAGGUCCCAAAGUCAGCCCAGAGCUAAACGUGUGCUUUAGCUAUGCUAGCUUCUCUGUGUAAACAGACGUUUCAUGGAGGGAAAAGCAUGACCUUAAUGUUUACUGUGGUAGUUUAGGGGUUAAAUUCAUGUUAAAACAUCCAUGUGUUACAUACAUGUUAGUAGAAAUAUUUCUAGAAGAUUCUAAAAGAAUGAAACUCUUAAACAGGCUCAGCAUUACACACACCCACCUUCAUCUCAGCUGCUCUUUCUUACCUGUAGUCCUCCUGCUGCAUUAGUGUCAUUUCACCACCAGGGGGCGACACAGCGACAGAAAUAACAGUCAUCAGUGUGGUGGAGAUUCAGCAGAGGUUAUAUGUUCCUCUAUAUAAGCGAUAAAAAUAUUACAUCAGAGAUGAUUGUAGAGAGGAGGCCCAUGCAUGCAGUAACAGCUGGAAAAGUACAGUAACAGCUGGGAUUGUGGGAUAUGUAGUUCCUCCUCCUGCAAAUAAAGAUGUCUUGUACUGUU